ACAGCCGGCAUUUGCUUUGUUAUCGCGAACGGUUAGCAGCCAGCGUUAGUCACAAUGCAUCUCCUGUUGUUAGCGGUCUUGUUGGCCGUUGCCGGCGUUUCCAACGGGCAACGUGGACGUGGCAAGGGCGAUGUGCAGACAGUGCAGGUACCCGGUGCUUCACAUGUUGUUGUUAACCUCGCCCCUGAUGCUGCAGAUUCCGCCGACAAUUUCCCCCCAUACUACCGUGUAGAGGUAGAGAUAAUCAAGUUUUCUAACCCCGGUAGCGUGGAUCUGUCCAACCAUUGGUGCGAUUCAACCAGCAAAUGCGAUACCGGCAUUUCCGCUUACCUUGACUUGGACAAACCCUUGAAGCCCUUUGAAUCCGCCGCAAAAGCCAAAGUGGUAUUCACCAGCACCGAUAACGACAGUCCGACUGUUAAUGCUAUCGUCAACCACGAUGUCUGCGGUGGCGCUUCCAGUCAAGUCACGCUACGUGCCUAUAUCUACGAUACCGACGUUGGCGGAAUCUGGCAGACAAUCGAUGACAUUGACUGCAAAUUCAUCAUCAAUCCAAGUGACGUGGCCAGUGAUGCCAAGAACGCCAAAUGGGGGCCGACAACAACUUGCCAAGCUAAAUACCGCAACAGUGAUCACGUACUGACAGCACACAUUCGCGCAUUCAAAACCGAUGAAGCCACGUGCCAUGUUGACCACGCCCAGCUGAUGCAGCUCCAGUCUGACAGCAGCAAAUCCUCCUCUAAACCCAAGCCGCACGUUCCCGGCGAGCACGAAAUCAUCAAUCUGGAACUGCAGCUAGUCCAACUGAACAAUCCCAACGGCAAAACGUACAAAGGAGACUUUUGCGAUGUGGCAUCGCCCUGCGAUCCGUUCUUCAUGGCCAAACUGGACACUGAGAACUCGUUGUGGAAAUGGCCCGGUAUUGACGGCGAUAAUGGCUACAAACAAGUGGGCAACUUCUGGGAUAAUAAUUCACCGCAACUCAACCAGAAGAUGCAUCGCACUAUCUGCGGCGGAGCCUUGAACUGGGUGAACCUGCGCGUGGAAGUGAAAGAUGGUGAUCCGACGGCGCUCCUGCACUAUACUUUGAUCGAAUCUUUCCAGUGCGUCUUCCAGUUUGACUACGGCACGGUCGCACCGUCCGAGUCCAGCUCAGAGUGGGGACCCACUAUGGACUGCACUCCCAAUCAUCCUGGUCACGAUAUCAGACUUCAGUAUCGCGUUCGUGCCUAUGAUUCCGAGCUCAGCAGCUGUUAAAAUGCCAGUCGACGAUAAACGCAAGCAUAUGUUUCUGAAAUGUCAAGAAGGAAAAUCUUAUAUCAGCUGUUACUAACUCUAAUCCAGAUUCAAAUUUGUUUUUAUCGCUUAAAAGAUUCUGUUGGCUGCGUUCUUAGUUUGACCGUCAUUUACCGUCAAAAUGGAGAGUUUUUGCGACUUUGUGGCUUUACAAAUUUUAGCACUCAUCAGAUAUUUUAAAAGGCCAAAAUUGGUUUGUUGUAAUUUGCGGUAACGGUUGUGCGGAAUAAAUGAUAUCUUCG